AUGGGUAAAACACCAUCACCACCCUUGGAAGAAACCACAGGAUUCUCCCUCUCUCCAUUAUGGAAUUGGCUACAAGAAAACAUUGUCAAUACGAAUCCAAAUUCUUGGCUUUCAGAAUACGUAGCUCCAACCUGGCAAAACAUCUUGUGGACUAUCUUUGCCAUUUGCCUGAUACUAGGAACACUUACCUUUUGGAAACGAACUUUUCGGUCAAUUAAGAAAGUCAUCCUGUUCGCUAAUAUACUCCUUAUGCUUUACAAGAAGGGCUCGGAACUUUUUCAAGAUAUAGUGUCCAGUGGUGGAGAAAUAAACUCUAGAUCUGCGAUGAAUCAAGAAAACCAUAACAUGUUGGUCACCCUGAACCUGCAGGAGAAAAUCCUCAAAAAGCUGCAGAUGGUAGAGGGCAAAGUGAAAGACUUGGAGGAUUUGAUCAUAGCCUACAAAAACAAGAAGAAUUUCACAGGGCCCUAUUGUAACUGCUCAGACUGUCAGAGUCCCAUGCCUACUUCUGGAUUUACCUCAACAUCUGAAACAUGA